AUGCAAGAAAUGAACCUGAUAAACAUUAACACAGAUGCCUUUGUGGGGAAAGUUGAAAAAGAUCUUGGUGAUCUAGGUGAAGCUAAGCUCUACGUAAAAGAAGAUGCCAAACCAGUUGUUUUGCCAGCACGAAAGAUACCAAUCGCCAUCCAAGGCCAAGUGAAACAAGAACUUGACAAGCUUGUAGAAAGAGGUAUUCUUGUUCCAGUCGAAGAGCCGACUGAAUGGGUGAACCACUUGGCCGUGGUACGAAAAUCUUCAGGGAGCCUGCGUAUCUGCUUAGACCCCCAACCUCUAAACAAAGUGCUGAAAAGAAAGCGGUACAGACUUACCACAUUUGAUGAUGUCUUGCCAAAUCUCAACCAGGCAAAGUUGUUCACCAAAAUAGAUGUCAAAGAAGCAUUCUGGCAUAUGCGAUUAGACGAAGAGUCGAGAAAGCUCACAACGAUGAUAAGCCCUUUUGGACGAUUCCGAUGGUCAAGAUUACCAUUUGGGCUAUGUGUAUCAAGUGAGAUCUUUGCGAGAAAGCUAAACGAAGCUUUGAACGGUCUCGAAGGCAUUUUUGUGAUCGCAGAUGAUAUCAUCGUCGUUGGCUGCGUUGAAACAGAACAAUCAGCAAAGUCGGACAAUGACCGCAAACUGAAAUCACUUGCAAAACGAUGCUCAGAACAGAACAUUAUUCUGAACUAA